CUAACCAGCCUUGAGCCCUGUGUUUGGAUUUUUACAGAUGGCUCAUUCCUUAGGUGGCUCAAUGAAGCCCAAGUUGAUGUCAAAUUGUGUUCUUGGCACCUGGUGUUUCCUGCUUAUUUGCUUACUGUGUAAGCUUUCUGAUGCUGCAAAGACCCUGGAUUUCCCAGGAUCUGUCUCCUGCCUUAACGAUGGACUGCAAAUUCAAAAACCCAAAGGAAUUCGCCUGACACAAUGGAGAAGUCUCCAUGUUGUAGAUCUUGCUGGAGAUGACUCUGCAGGCUGUGAUGUUUUCAUGGAGGGUAAAGUUGCAAACAUUCCUGAAAACUGUAUUGAACAUGAGUUGGAAAAGCGUGUCUUGCAUAUAGCCUUCAAGGACUUUACUGGACAGGAGAGAGUCACAUACAGGGUAGUCUGCAACGACUUGCAGGCAGAUGAGGCAAUAGAAGGGACAGUAGUAAACUGCACGCAGGACUUCAUGAUGAUCAGGUUUCCAAGGACACUUCCUCAAUUUGACGGGGAGAUAUCACAGGCUGUACAAAGUAUCCCAUCAAAACUCUUCUGGGACAUAGGAAUUUAUGAUGGGACACACUACCUGACUGUUACUACAGGCCAGGCAUGGCAGAUGGGCUACGUUCUGAAAGCUGAACCUGACUUCUUGGUAAUCCAAGCUUUCUUCAAUGCAUCUGGCCUCCAAAUAUACAAGAUGGAAAAUCAGAAUCUGUAUGUUGGAGCUGUUCGUCUGAGUUCUAGAUUGGGUGCUCCAAAGAUUGUUGUCGAUGUCCCGUUGGUUUGUGUUAGAAGUCCCCCCACCUGUAACGAAACACACAUGAUCUUUGUGAUUCCACAAUUUGGCGGGGUCCUAACAAGUAUAAACUUGAAUGGAAUGGACAUCCCACUGGAUACCCAAGCACUUCAACAGUAUGGAAUAACUUUAGACCGUCUGAAUGGUCUUCGUCUAUAUAUCAAGACAAAUUCCCUAAAGGAUGAUAUUAUUGAUGGCAAUCACUGGUUCUCCUUAUCGUCACUCCUCUUGACCUUCCAGUUAGGAGAACUAACUGUUCCGAUGCUACUGACACCAAAAUGUGUUGUUGUUGUAGAUACACCACCAAUACCAAGCUGCACGAAAAAUGGUUCCAUGAUGUUUGAGAUUGCUGAAGGCUUUACGCAACCAAAGAUUAACUUGGACACUGUAGUCUUUGGCGAUGGCACAUGUCUUCCAAUGAGGAAGACUAGUAGUCUUGUAUACAAAGUACCACUGAACCGUUGUGGGACUAGAAAAAUGUUUGUAGAUGGUAAAAUAUUUUAUGAAAAUGAGGCUCAUGCUCUUUGGAAAGACUUCCCUCCCAGACAAAUCUCCCGGGAUAGUGAAUUAAGAAUUACUGUCCGAUGUAAUUACAAUCCGACUGCAAUACAAAUGACUGUAAAUGUUGUGACUCUUCCACCUCCUUUGCCCACCAUAAGUCAGGGUCCUCUUGUCUUUACACUUGAGCUUUUCAAAGAUGACUCAUUUGGCCUUGCCUAUGGUGCUGGCCAGUAUCCAGUUGUGAAAAUUCUGCGGGAUCCCCUCUACUUCGAAAUAAGCGUUUUAAACCGUAAUGACCCAAAUAUUGAACUGGUGCUAAAUGACUGUUGGGCAACAAUGUCUCUAGACCCAACUGCUGUACCUCAGUGGAAUGUGGUUGUAGAUGGCUGUCAAGAAGUUAGAGAUAACUUUCAAACUGUGUUCCAUCCUGUUCUCGGAGUAUCUCUACCAAAUCAUAGGAAAAGAUUUGAAGUGAAGGCUUUUGCUUUUAUGACUGGUGGGCAGGCCUCAACUAGCUUGAUCUACUUUCACUGCAGUGCUUUAAUAUGCAAUACUCUGAACUCAGAUUCCUCCCUCUGUACCACAAGGUGUCCAGCAUCCAAGAAAAAGAGGGAUGAGCAACAUGUCCUUAAAGACGCAUCCUUUGUCAGCCUUCCUGGUCCAGUCCUACUUACAGCUCGAGCAGCUUCAGUAAAAUCUCAAGGUGAAACCAACCUCCUGGAACACCUGACAAUUGGACUCCUACCUGCCCUUGUACUUACUGCCGCGAUAGGUCUUGGUGUUUGCUUGCACGUCAUUUUUAAAUGGAAUGCACAACACAUGGCACAAUGAGCACUAAAAGAUCAUUAAUUUUUGUAAUAAACUUG